CAGCGAGCAUCCUCUUCUCCACUCCCCGCUCAGCUCAAAAACAAAGCCACCUCUAUCUUCUCUUCCCGCCUCUCCCAUUUCUCGAUUGUUCGCUCGCGCCGCCACGCCCCUCCGUCCCCCGCCGGGAUCCAAACCACGAUGCACGUCGAAUCCCACAAAACCCUAAUACGAGACCGUUCGACCGAUCCGAGCGAGGUGGCGCGGAUCUGGUCCAGCUACUUCCCCCACGCCGAGCUCGCCAUGGACGAUCCCAAGCUCCACCUCAUCGCCGAGCUCAGAUCCUUCUUCGUUUCCGCUCCCCGAUCCCACCAUUUCCUCUCCCAGAUCGAAGACGAUAGUGGCAUCUUCUUUCUUCCUGUCGAUUUCCAGCAGCUGCAGAAGGUGUGUGGAGUUGCGGAGUUUUAUGCGGCUCUUCAGGAAGCGCCGAGAGAAGCUUUGCUUUGCUUGGGCGCUGCGGCUCACUUGACUCUGUGUGGGAAGGAGAAGAGCUUACGGUUAGAGGAUAUAGAGAAGAUUAAUGUUAGGCUUUAUAACCACACUGAGUCGAUGAUCGCUUUGAAGAAUUUGAAAGCGGCAUAUAUCAAGAAGCUAGUUUCUGUGCGUGGAAGUGUCGUCAAAGUUAGCACCGUGAAGCCUCUUGUGCUACGAUUGGAUUUUGCGUGUGGGAAGUGUGGAACUGUAAUUGGCCGUGUCUUUUGUGAUGGGAAAUUUUCACCGCCGGCAAUUUGCAGUGUUCAUGGGUGCAAGAGCCGUACUUUUAGCCCUAUCCGAUCCAAUGCCAAGCUAAUGGAUUUUCAAAAGAUAAGGAUUCAGGAACUAUUCAAUUCUGGAAGCCAUGAAGAAGGCCGGGUCCCAAGGACUGUAGAAUGUGAACUGACUGAAGAUCUUGUUGAUUCAUGCAUCCCUGGAGACAUUGUAACAGUCACUGGAAUUGUGAAAGUAAUCAAUAAUUACAUGGAUGUUGGAGGAGGGAAGUCAAAAAAUAAGAAUCAGGGGCUGUAUUAUUUAUAUCUGGAAGCAGUUUCUGUGAGGAACUCCAAGGCUCAGACUACUUCUGAAGAGUUUGAAGUAAAUAACUCUGACAGUAAAGCCAAAAUGCUGUUUGAUUUUCAUGCAUUUUCACAAAGGGAUCUGGAGUUCAUUGUUAAGUUCUCUGAGGAGCAUGGUUCCGAUGUAUUCCGUCAAAUACUUCAUUCUUUCUGCCCGUCUAUUUAUGGACAUGAACUUGUAAAAGCUGGUAUCACGCUUGCACUAUUUGGUGGUGUGCAAAAGCAUUCAAUGGAUCAAAAUAAGGUUCCAGUUCGAGGAGACAUUCAUGUCAUUAUUGUUGGUGAUCCUGGACUAGGUAAGAGCCAGCUUCUACAAGCUACAGCAGCAGUUUCUCCGCGAGGCAUAUAUGUAUGCGGCAAUGCAACAACGAAUGCUGGUCUAACUGUUGCUGUAGUUAAAGAUUCUAUGACAAGUGAUUAUGCUUUCGAGGCAGGUGCCAUGGUUCUUGCUGAUCGUGGAUUAUGCUGUAUUGAUGAGUUUGAUAAAAUGUCUGCUGAGCAUCAGGCUCUUUUGGAAGCCAUGGAGCAACAAUGUGUCUCUGUUGCAAAGGCUGGUCUUGUGGCAAGUUUAUCAGCUCGUACUUCUGUAUUAGCAGCAGCUAAUCCUGUCGGUGGUCACUAUAAUCGGGCAAAAACAGUUAACGAGAAUCUUAAAAUGAGUGCUGCUCUUCUCUCACGGUUUGAUUUGGUUUUCAUUUUACUCGACAAACCUGAUGAACUGCUGGAUAAGAGAGUUUCUGACCAUAUAAUGGCACUUCAUUCUAACGACGGAGAAAAAAUGUUGCCCAGUAAAAAGCUACGAAGAGCAUCGAACUGUGAUGGGAUUGUUGAUUCUGGAGUGGACGGUGGUUCAUUAGCUUCUAGGUUAAGACUGGACACCGAAAAGGACAAGGACUUUGUUCCACUACCUGGCCCUCUUCUUCGCAAAUACAUUACUUAUGCAAGAAACUUCAUUUUCCCAAGGAUGUCUAGAGCAGCAGCAGAGAUUUUACAAACAUUUUAUUUGCGGCUAAGAGACCGUAAUACUUCAGCUGAUGGCACUCCAAUCACAGCAAGACAGCUGGAGAGUCUUGUAAGGUUGGCGGAAGCUCGGGCUCGUUUGGAUCUCAGAGAAGAAGUAUCUGCUGAGGAUGCUAAGGAUGUUGUUGAGAUAAUGAAAGAAUCCUUAUAUGACAAAUAUGUUGAUGAGCACGGAUUUGUGGACUUCGGUCGGAGUGGUGGGAUGAGUCAACAGAAAGAAGCAAAGAGAUUUCUAAGUGCCCUGAACAAGCAAUCCGAGUUGCAGCAAAAGGAUUGCUUCUCAAUUUCUGAGAUAUACAGUUUGGCGGAUAGAAUUGGCUUGAGAGUUCCAGACAUAGACACAUUUGUGGAUAAUUUGAACAGUGUUGGCUAUCUUCUUAAGAAAGGACCAAAGAUGUAUCAGGUGCUGUCAUCGUCAUACUCCCAGUCAGCACGGUCUAGAUCGUAGAUUGCUAACAGUUCGUCUCCCCAUCCGAUCUGCACCAUGAAGCUCUAUUGUGAACUAGAUUUUGAAAACAGAUACAGUUCAGAAGGUAUCGCAAGGGCAUCAUCAGAGAUUAAUAUUCAAGCAAAUGUCAUUCGAUGGCCUUUGCUGUUAUUUUCCCUCAAGUUGAUGAAAUCAUCAUUGCGUGAGCCCAAAAACUCAUGUACCAAACAAGUCUUCUUUCUAAUCUGAUUGUCGCAUGCGUGCCCGUGGUUGUUGUGCCCGUGCGUGCAGCAGGGCUGUGUAUGUGUGCGCGGGGGACCCACAGAGGGAGGGGGAGAGAUUCUCAAGGGCAACGAUACACUAAUAACCCUGCUAUGUAGGAAAGAAGAUUCCCACGAAGAGCCGUUUAAUACAUUUC